AUGAUGUCGGAAACGAAUGCCAGCUGGACACUCAACCUGAACACAUCUGCAGAUGGGCUGGGAACUGGCCUCUCUAGAAGGGGCCACACCAUUGUGGCGGUUUUUCUUGGACUAAUAAUGAUUUUUGGCUUCUGGAGCAACUUGGUCGUCCUCAUUCUCUUCUGCAAGUUUAAAGCUCUCCGUAACCCCGUGAACAUGAUGCUGCUUAACAUCAGCCUUAGUGACAUGCUUGUCUGCAUCUCUGGCACUACCAUCAGUUUUGCAUCCAAUAUCUCUGGCAAAUGGCUUGGAGGGGAGUACGGCUGCAGAUGGUACGGCUUUGUCAAUUCUUGCUUUGGCAUUGUGUCCCUGAUCUCGUUGGCCAUUCUGUCUUACGAACGUUACGGCACGCUCACGCUCGCCAAGAAACGUAGCUCUGAUUAUCAGAAAGUCCUGCUAGGAGUUGGUGGCUCCUGGUUCUAUUCUCUGAUUUGGACUGUGCCACCUCUCUUUGGCUGGAGCAGCUACGGGACUGAGGGGGCGGGCACCAGCUGUUCAGUUCAGUGGAGCUCUGAAUCACUCGAGUCGGUAUCCUACGUCAUCUGCCUCUUCCUGUUCUGUUUAGUCAUCCCAAUAAUUGUCAUGAUAUACAGCUAUGGACGCCUCUUUUAUGCUGUCAAACAAGUUGGAAAAAUCCGGAAGACUUCUGCCCGCAAACGAGAAUUCCACGUGCUCUUCAUGGUGAUUAUUACUGUCAUCUGCUACCUGGUUUGUUGGAUGCCCUAUGGAGUUAUAGCACUGCUUGCAACGUUCGGUAGGCCGGGCUCACUGACUCCGGUAGCAAGUAUCGUACCAUCCAUUCUGGCAAAGUGCAGCACUGUAUGUAAUCCAGUCAUCUACAUACUUAUGAAUAAACAGUUCUACAAAUGCUUUCUCAUGCUUUUUCACUGUCAACCUUCAUCAGCUGAUGGAGAAAUCAAGUAUCAGUCAAAGGUCAUGAUCAUCCAGCUAACCCAGAAAGCAGAAGGUGGAGUUACAUGUGAUAGCCAAGUACUUCCACAAACAGAUGGAAAAAUGGUCUGUCUUCUGAGCAGAGAAUCAAGCAUGUAG